AUUCCUAUCGAAGACGACAUCUUGCAGUUUGAAUCCCGUUUUGAAAGCGGCAAUUUGGCUCGUGCCUAUCACACGCAAGUCUUGGCGUACACGCUGCAUUUGAGCUCAGACCUGUACACUGUCAAGCACACGCAGUGGUUCUACUUUCGUAUUGCCAAUACUCGCAAGGGCAAGAUUUAUACUUUCAAAAUUACGAACCUGCUCAAGCCGGAUUCGCUCUACAACCACGGCAUGCAGCCCUGCUGCUUCUCGACCCUCGAGAACCAGACAGCGCAACGUGGCUGGCACCGCGCCGGCUUUGCGCUGUGCUAUUUCAAGAAUGACCACCGCGUCAUGCAUGUGCGCGGCGAUCGACACUACUACACCCUCCAUUUCAAGUGGCAAGCCAUGCAUGACAACGAUACCGUCUAUUUUGCCCAUUGCUACCCUUACACCUACACCGAUCUGCAAAACUACAUCACGGAUAUUGCAAUGGACGAACGUCGAGCCGCUGUCUGUCGCAGCCGUGUUCUUUGCCACACCCUGGCCGGCAAUGUUUGCGACCUGCUCACGAUCACCAACUUUGGCGUAUCCCAAGCAGAAAUGGCUGCCCGGCGGGGCGUCGUCUUCACGGCACGUGUGCAUCCUGGCGAGACCAACGCUUCCUGGAUGAUGAAGGGCGUCCUCGACUUCUUGACCAGCAAUGACCCAGACGCCGUGGAGUUGCGCAACAAUUUUGUGUUUAAGGUUGUACCGAUGCUCAACCCCGAUGGCGUCAUUGUUGGCAACUAUCGUUGCUCGCUGGCCGGUGUCGAUCUCAAUCGCAUCUACAAGAACACCUUGCGAGACCUCUAUCCCACCAUUUGGUCCACCAAGAUGAUGAUGCAACGCCUGGCUCGAGAUCGUGAAGUGAUGUUGUACAUCGAUCUACACGGGCAUAGCCGUAAGCAGAACAUCUUUGUUUACGGCUGCAAUCACCGCCAUGAUCCUGUCAAACUACUCUCGGAGCGCGUUUUCCCGCGCAUGGUGGCCCUCAAUGGUCCCAGUCAUUUUUCUUAUCGCAGCUCCAAGUUUGCGGUCAAAAAGAGCAAGGAGUCUACUGGGCGCGUGCAAACUUGGCGUCUUCUCAACCUCGUCAACACGUUCACCAUGGAAGCCACAUUUUGUGGAAGCACCCAGGGGCGCUUGGCUGGCAAACAGUUUCGCCAAUGUGACUUUGAGGCCAUUGGCCCCAUCAUUUUGGACUCGCUUAUGGACUUUUGCGACCCCGACACCGCCAAGGUGAGAAGACACGAGAUGGUCAAAAAAGGCCUUGAUUCGCCUGUGUGUGCCUCUGUGACUUUGUGUCUGUCUGCCUGCCUGCCUGUCUGGCUGGCUGGCUGGCUGGCUGGCUGGCUGGCUGGCUGGCUGGCUGGCUGGCUGGCUGGCUGGCUGGCUGGCUGGCUGGCUGUCUGUCUGUCUGCCUGUCUGUCUGUGUGUGUGUGCACGUGUGCACGCACACGCACGUGCACAUUGCUAUCCAGCCGGUGCGUCCUCACGCCCUCGUUCAAAACAUGCAUUGCACUCCACAGCGAGACAACAUUUUGA